CUUGUAAUAAGCAAAAGAAGAAAAAUGUCUGAUUCUGUUGACACCAUUACUUUGAAGCUUGGUGAUCUCGCCACUGAUAAGGUGCCUGCUACACCUGCUACACCCGCUCCAGCUCAAAAUGAACCAAAGCAAACAACUAAGCCGGAAGAGAAAAAGGAGGAAGAAGAAGAAGAAACUAACUUGAUCAAAAGCACUCAUGUGGUUCAAGUUAAAUUAGCCGAUCAACAAGCCGAUCCCAAUUCACCUUUAUAUUCAGUUAAAUCUUUUGAACAAUUGGGAUUAAGCCCCGAACUUCUUAAAGGUAUUUAUGCCAUGAAGUUUUCUAAACCUUCAAAAAUUCAAGAACGUGCACUUCCUUUAUUACUUGGUAAUCCCCCAAAAAAUAUGAUUGGUCAGUCUCAAAGUGGUACUGGUAAAACUGCAGCUUUUGUCUUGACUAUGCUUUCUAGAAUCAAUAUGGGUCUGAACGUUCCUCAAGCAAUUUGUCUUGCACCUUCUCGUGAACUUGCACGUCAAAUUAUGGAUGUAGUUCAAAAAAUGGGUCAAUUUACAAAUGUGACAACGAAGUUAGUUGUAAAGGAUUCACUUAAGAGAAACGAACCUGUUCAUGCACAGAUUGUUGUGGGUACUCCUGGUUCAGUUGGUGAUGCUAUUAAGAGAAGACAUUUACCUGUUCAAGCCGUAAAAAUUUUUGUUUUAGAUGAAGCAGAUAAUAUGUUGGAUCAAGAUGGAUUAGGUGAUCAAAGUAUUCGUAUUAAAAAUCAACUUAAGGGUAAUCCUCAAAUUGUUUUAUUCUCUGCUACUUUCCCUGAACAUGUAGCACGAUUUGCUUCCAAAUUUGCUCCUAAUGCCAACGAAAUUACACUAAAACGUGAGGAUUUAAGUGUUGAUGCCAUUAAACAACUUUAUAUGGAUUGUGAUAGUCAAGAACAUAAAUAUGAGACUCUUUGUAAUAUUUAUAAUCUCCUCACUGUUAGUCAGAGUAUUAUUUUCUGUAGAUAUCGUGAUUCAGCGGAUGAAAUUGCUAGACGUAUGAUUGCUCAAGGACAUACUGUUUAUGCACUUCACGGUAAAAUGACACCAGAAGAAAGAGAUAGAGUUAUGGAUGAUUUCCGUCGUGGUGUUUUCAAGGUGUUGAUUACAACCAAUGUUUUAGCUCGAGGUAUUGAUAUUUCUCAAGUUUCUCUGGUGAUUAAUUACGACUUACCCACUGAUCAAAAUGGACAAAUUGAUUUUGAAGCCUAUCUUCAUCGUAUUGGACGUACCGGUCGUUUUGGACGUACAGGUGUUAGUGUUAUUUUAAUUGACAGUAAAACAAGUUGGGAACAAAUGCGUGAAAUUGAGAAUCAUUUUGGUAGACCUAUUACAUAUGUACCAACUGAAGAUUGGGAAGCUGUUGAGAAGCAAUUAAAAUCUAUUAUUUAGAUCAUUUUCAUUUUAAUAAAUAAGGCAUAUAUAUAUAAAUAAAUAAAUAUAUGAUAUAAUAAUCACAGUGACUUGUGAAUUCACAUGAAUUAGUUAUUAUUCAAUAUCAG